CAUGUAAUGCUUGUAUGAUGUUUCGGUUAGUCUUGAUCCAUCAUUCGACUUGUGAAUACUUGCCAUUCCCUUACACAUCAUUGCAAUAUUUUCGUGUGCAUUUGGCAAAGCGGUCAUCAUGAAUUGUUUGAUAAUAUGGUUUGUCAUGUUUGGAAUCUGUAUGGUAGAAGGUCAUGUUUUACCGUAUGCGAAUUCCAUUCCGAAACAUUUACAGGAUCUGUACGAACAAGUGUCCAACAAAGCCAAUCAGCCACCCAUGGUUGGUGCUGGCGUAGAAUCUCGUCGUAAUGGCCGAGGAUUAUUUUCCACCUUGUCGGGAUUGGGAAAUGUGGCCGCUGCAGCUGCGGCUGGUUCCAGUCUAUUGGCCGGCAAAGAUCCUGAUGAUGAUGACAACAUUGUCAAUCAUCUUUCCUCCUCUUCCUCAUCAUCAUCGAAUGGCAAAGGCAAGCCGUACGCAUUCAAUGAUGUUGAAAUGUCAGCUUUGCAAACAAUGAUUUCCAUUCGCAACAUAAUUGGUGAUCUUUUCCAUAAGGUGGGUUUCAAUCUGCCAUCGUCGUUGGCAUCGUUGAUCACUCGCUCUUCCGAUCCGAAUGGUCUUGAUGACGACAAGCAUUCACUCUUGUCCAGCGAUUCCAGUGCGGCAAACAUUUUAUCGACCGCAGCAUCCAAAGUGAAUGCCGGUCUUUUGAUUCGUGGCCUGGCACUGUCAUUACCGUUAUUGAUACCGAUGGCCAAUCAAAUUCGCCGUAUGUCUAGUGAUGGCGCUCCACUACCCCUACAGCCAUUCGCAUCAUCAUCGUCAUCGUCAUCAGUGCCGACAUCAUCACUGAUGGCUGCACCAAUCACGUUUCAAUUGCCACAAUUCGAUCCAUAUGGCUAUGAUCGUGCCCUACAUCGACGACGUGGUAAGCGUUCUGCAACUGCACUGUCCGAAUCCACGCAACGAAUGCUACGUCGCCAAGAACAACAACGAAUAUUACGUUAUCUGAAACAAAUGGAAGAGAUGUAUGGCAUACAACAAUAUGGCCCACAGCAACAACAACAACAAACCAACGAACCUUAUUAUCUGCGAAAUGUAUUCAUAUCACAACCACAAUCACAGCCACAGCAGCCACAACAGCCCCAUUCACAUGAUCAACAUAAUCAUCAUUACCAACAGAAUUUAUUCGGUCGAACAAGAACAACUUUAUUCGAAACAUAGAUCAUCUCGAUCAACGUGACCGGAACCUAGUUGUUGGAUUUAUCAAUUUUUUCGCAUUCAUC